AUGGAUUCUGAAGUACCUGAGAGUUAUAGUAAGGAUGAAAUCGUCUGGGCAAAGAUAAGAGGAUACCCCUGGUGGCCUGGAAUUAUAGCUGAAGUGAUAAAGGAUAAAUAGUCAUCGGAACCUGCUAAAUAUCUUGUAAAUUUCAUUGGAGAUAACUCACAGUAUGAUUAACCUUUGAAUAGAAGUUCCACAUUACCUUUUUAAAGUCUUGCCAAAUAUUAGGAGAAGUAUGAGGAAAUAGUGCAGAAAAUCAAGACUAAGCAACACAAAGAUUCGGUCACAGCAGCAGAUUAGAUUUUGAAAGGGCAAUCAACAUAUGAAAUUGAAUCAAAAAAAAUUUCUAAAAAGUAGAAUUUCACUAAAACAGUCAGUAGAAGAAAGAAAACAAGAUCAUCUUCAAGCGAGGAACACAGUGGAAUAUAUGGAUCAUCUAGAAAAUCUAAGAUGGAUUCGGAGGAUAGCACAAAACCAGACAAUUUUAGUUCAGAGAUUUAGGAAUUAUUGAAAAUGAUGACUGAGACUAAGUUGAACCCAGUUUUAAUAGAAGCUAAAAUAUCAAGUCUGAUUCAGAUUGUUGAUUUAGAUAGACCUGACAUAAUGGAAGUUUUGUAGGGCCCCAAUGGGAAAUAGCUAAUGCAGAUACAAGCACGAUUAUCGGAUAAAAAGAAUCUGUCUUAAGCUUAAAUAAAUUUUACACAAUUCCUAGAGAAAUUGAAAUCAAUCGUAUUGAGAACGUAUUUUGACCCAACCGAAAUCAUCCAGUAACUCCAUUAAGUAUCAGGUUAAAAGAAGAUCACCCAAAAGUUAUUAGAGAAACUUUAAAAUCAACCGAAUUUCAUCUUGGAUUCUGAAGACGACAGUGAGGAUUCAGAUUCAGGAGAAAGUGAUGGGGAAAGCGAGGAGGAUGAAUCAAGUGAAGAAUCUGUGAAAAAGGGUAAAAAUUAAAGACAGAUAACUAUUACUAAACCCAUAAUUAGAAAAAAAUAUACAUAAGCUUAAUCUCCUAAGAAACCCAGAAAACAAAGUUAGGACGUUCCCAAUCCUUUACAAAAAAACAAGGUAGUGUAGAAAAUAUCUGAAACGAUAUCAGAACACACUGAUUAAAUUAUUCCAAAAAGGAUAAGUGAAGAUAUUGAGAGCAGGAUUAGAUCUUGUGAUUCAAAUAUGGGAUUUGUAUAUAAGAAGAAAUAUCGUACAAUUCUAGACAAUAUUAAAAAAUAAUCUAAACAAGACAUAAUUAAUUUGUUAUCAAAUAGUUCAAAUUAAGAAUAGUUAUGGAAUCUUCUGAACGGUAAUACCUAGAGUAUGAACCAGAGUGGGAAUAAGCAAAAUGAUUAUGAAUAAUAAAAUUCAUGAAUAUGAUCAACUAAUAUUAUUCA